AUGACGCCCAGCUCCAUCAGCACUUUCAAAGAGCUAAGCACUCAGUUUACCGCACACUUCAUCGGGGGACAUAGGUAUAAAAGGUCUACGGCUUGCUUGAUGAACAUCAAGCAGCGAGAGGACGAGAUGCUAAGAUCCUACAUAUCCCGCUUCAAUAAGGAAGCACUCUUGAUUGACGAAGCCGACGACAAGAUACUUGUAGCAGCAUUCACGAAUGGGCUACGAAAGGGAAAGUUUUUGUUCUCCCUAUACAAGAACAACUUGAAGACCAUGUCAGAAGUACUUUAUAGGGCCACCAAGUACAUGAAUGCUGAAGACGCGCUGCUAGCUCGAGAGGAAAAGAAAAGGGAGAGACAAGAAGACACACGGCAAGACCAAGGGCGGAAGAAGGACGAGGAGGCCCUGACCUACCCUGGAAAGCUGAAGGGAGAUCCUAACAAGUAA